ACAAACUUAUUUAUCUAUUAGGAUUUCCCGGCAAAAAGCUCAAGCUUUGGGCUUCAUUCUGGAAUUUUUUGUCAUUGGGAACCAUCGAGCUAAAAGAUUACCGGGCUGAAGUUAAACAGAUACACUACGCCUGCCUAUCAUAUUGCUGGGCUUCCCCAGCAUCUCGCCGUUACCGACGCAUGUUGGUGGGAAACCCGCUUCAAAAUCUUCCGCUAAAUCCAGAUGUAUAUAUUGAAGCUUUUUAAAAAAAUUAUUUCAGUAACCGUCAUCCUUUUACCGAGUAACUUUCAUUCUGACUUUUUAAGACACAUAACGAAAGUGCAUCAAAGAACCAGUACCGUUCAUUUUUUCCUUUGCCGUUUAGUUCAUAGCCGAUUUAAUGAACUAGCCACAAGUGUUUUUAAUUUUUGUGAGGUCGCACGGAAAGAAUUUCACGAUAUUGUUAGCGAUUACAGUGCGUGCUUUUGCAGUGCAAUUUUCAUUAACCUUUGCAGCUUCGAUUGUUUCUAUUCUAAGGUUCUCAGGGAUCGAAUGUAAAAUCACGUUUGGCGGAUCUAGUGACAACCUUCGAAAGUAAACAUCAGACACACAUUAAUGGGAGACAACACGUUUUGGAGACAAGGAAGUGCCGCGAAUCCAAAAAUGAGCCACGGAAACCAACUUCAAUCUUGGAGUGCAUUGGCGAUGAAGCUUGCCCUGAAAGAUGUUUGGCAAACUUAUACCUCCCCGGUCAAUGUGCCAGCGCCCACAAAGCCAGAAGAUUACUUACAAGCUACAUCCUUUAACAGAGGAGAUCGAACCGAGACCCGUCCAAUGGUCAACCCAAACACGAGCAAAAACGCGCUUUUAACGCCACACGGAGGCGAAGAUCGAGCUACGAGCGGUCCAUUGGUCAACCGUAACGAAAAUCGAACCGUGAUUGGUUCAAUGGCAAACCAGAAAAACGCAUGUGUCACGCCUCACGGUAGUGAAGAUCUAACCACGAAACAUCAAUCGUCCAUUCAGAGAACUAAUGUACUUCCGCCACACGGGAGCCAAGAUCUAACCACAAACUUCCCAAUGAAGAAAAACGCAUGCGUCACACCCUGCGCCAAAGAAAAUCAAACCGAAAUCAAUCAAAGAAACAAAGGCAUAAUGAAUAACCAAUCAAUGACGUCAUACGAGAACACGGAUCGAGCCAGGCAAAGUAAAGAAUUCAACCGCAGAUCGAUAUUAAGAAAUUUAGUAACACCAAUCAACCAAGAUCUAACCACAAACUACCCAACAAAGAAAAACGCACGCGUCACAUCGUGCGCCAAAGAAAAUCAAACCGAAAUCAAUCGAAGAAACAAAGGCAUAAUGAAUAACCAUCCAAUGACGUCAUUAGAUCGAACCAGGCAAAGUAAAGAAUUCAACCGCAGAUCGAUAUUAAGAAAUUUAGUAACACCAAUCGUUUGCACUAUUUUAUUGUCAUCUUUUUGUGUGAGCGCUGUCAACCCGGUGCCCGUCAAUGACGUCACAUCGAGACUAGCCAAAAGGGCUUUGGGAGUGGAUCCGAUCCUCACAAAAGCGGAUGAACCGAAGGGGAUCCCUAAAACGCUCCCCUCGCUGGGGUACGAUCUGAAGGGUGACUGUGACGUCAUCGCUUUGGAGGAGCGGUGGCUGGACGCUCAUAUUCUGAGCAGCUACGACGAGAGUGAAUCCCUGGUUCUGCGCCCUGCGAAUAUCAGGAGGGUUGGAUUGAUGCAUUUCAAGUCCAACUGCAGUUUCGAUAAAAGCGAGAUUGUGUGUUACGGGAAGAUGUUGACGCCGCUACGCGCGAAGGAGACAUCGGGGGUGUGUUCGAUCGAGAUACCCUCACUUGGGAGGGUUUUCUCGUUUCCAUUGCUGAAGAGGGAAGUUUAAAAUGGGUUCACUUGACAAUCGAAGGGCUUGGAGGACGAGGCGCUUAAGGUGAUUCGAUGGACGCCAUAUUUUGUGUCUAAACGACGUGC